UCUCCCUCCCUCUCUCACUCUCUUCCCCACAAAUUCCUAUUGCCUAAAAUAUCAGAUUCUUUCCUCAAAAUGACAACUGUAUCCCAUUUUCUUCUCUUCUUCUCCCUUCAGUCCCUACUCUUCUCAGGCGUUUUAUCAGCUUCUUUCACUUUAAAUAACAACUGCGCAUACACCGUAUGGCCCGGUGUAUUGUCGAAUGGCGGGUCGACCCCACUCUCACAGACGGGCUUCGCCCUCCAAAAGGGCGAGUCCAAGACGCUCUCCGCCCCCACUACGUGGUCCGGCCGCUUCUGGGCCCGCACCCAUUGUACGGUCGAACCAUCUGGGAAGUUCUCGUGCGGGACCGGAGACUGCGGCUCGGGUAAGCUAGAAUGCGCCGGUGGUGCUGCUCCUCCUGCGACUCUGGCCGAGUUCACGCUCAAUGGUUCCAGUGGUCUCGACUUCUACGACGUCAGCUUGGUGGACGGCUACAAUCUUCCUGUUUUGGUGGUCCCGCAGGGCGGCACCGGUAGCUGCAGGACCACCGGGUGCGUGGUGGAGCUCAAUGGGCCCUGCCCGUCGGAGCUGCGGGUGUUGGGGCCGGGUGGGAAUGGGAGCGUGGCGUGCAGGAGCGCGUGCGAAGCGUUCGGUACUCCGCAGUAUUGCUGCAGGGAGGAGUACGGGAAUCCGAACACCUGCAAGCCGUCGUCGUAUUCGCUCUUCUUCAAGCAGGCCUGUCCACGGGCGUAUAGUUAUGCGUACGACGACCGGACGAGCACGUUUACGUGUGCGUCUGCGGACUACGUUAUCACGUUCUGUCCUAGCAUUGGAAGUCAGAAAUCAUCAGAUGGCGGGCAUCCAAAGGCAGCUGAUCUACUACCACUAGUAAACAACACCAUGAUCUUCACGGGCAGUGAAGAGGCCAGCCGCGCCUUUUCACUGGCCCAGCAAGCCCAGAUCCUUAUCCUAGCCGUAGCUGUUUUGAGUGCUUCAUGGCCGUUGCUGCUACUCUAAGACCAGUGUAGCCUAAGACGCUUGUACAUGUGAUCAUGGCUACAUUAGGUUGGGGCCCACGGUUUUGGUGGGCCUGAUGAAUCCUUCGCUUGGAGGAAGGAUCUCUGGCCCACCUUUUUAGUAAAAGUGAUUUGUCUAUAUUUAGAAUUAGUAGAUAUAAAUAGGGUUUUUUCAGCGUACUAAACGUUUUCAGCUUGUUUAAGUGGGGCCCAUUGGGUUCAGCCAUCCAGACGGUCUGUCGGGACACCAUGAUGAUCACUGAGUGAUGGGCCCCACCUGUCUAAAGCUGAAAGUCCGAGCCCGAAUAUUCAUUUGGGUGGGGAAUAUGCUUUUUUGGAUAUUCUUUUUGUUUUAUAUUAAUGAAUAUAUCUUUUUGUUUUA